AUGUACGAACAAGCUAAGCAAAACCGAAGAUUUUCCAUACAAAAAUUAUCAACGUACUUUUCGUUCUUCGGUAUAGUGCCGUGGUACAAUUUACAAGAACAAAGGAUAGUGCAUGUAAAACUAUACAAAUACUAUGCGAUAUUACUGACGAUUUCCUUGGAAUUCUUCUCUUUAGUGGUGCUUUAUGUGCGGUUGAUCCUGACACCCAAAGAAGACGUAAUCGAGCAAAUAUUGUGCGUGACAAUGCAACUAAUUGUGAUGGUUUCCUUCGCCAUAAUAGUUCUGGGAUCUGCAUUUUGGAAUAUGGGCACGUGGGAGAACUUUUUGGACCAAAUUAUUCAUAUUCAGAACUUUGGCAACUUCUCCAAACCUUACCCUACCAGAAAUGGAAAUAUUAUAUUCGUUCUAGGGAAUUUAUUUCUCUUUGGCUUAUACUUCGGUCAACUGCUAGUAUUCGACAACAAAUCAGCGUUCUUCCUUUACUUCUCUUGUGUUUACUUGUUACUCUACAAUCAGUUAUUAACAGUAAUUGUAAUUAUAGAUGGAACGCAGUCGUUAAGAUUUGAAUACCAACGACUGAACGAUAUGGUGAAAUGUCUGAGAUUUGGCGAAAUGUCGUCGGUAAAGACUUUGAGAGAGAUUAAAAGAUCCCUUAUAACGUUGGGCAACACUGUGGAUGACUUCAACAAACUAUUCGGCUGGCCUUUGUUGCUGAUUCUCUUCAACGGCGUUGUUAAUAUCCUCGAAGGCCUUGCGAUGGGCAUUAGCAGAAAUCUUGAGUGGUUUGGUAAGGAGCAUGCGAUGCAGAAGAAAGUGAUGUUGAACGUUGUAUAUAUCGUCGGUUCAAUG